AUGUUGUCCAAGACAUUCCUUCUUUCCUCUGCCGUCUUGUGGGCUAGGGUGGCUAAUGCGGCCUUUGGCAUUACCGACAACGGCAGUUCCUACACGAUCGACGCCAACUCUCCCAACCCGCUGAAAUUCACUGUCAACAAGUCCAGCUGCGACAUCACAUCAAUUGUUUACUAUGGAUCCGAGUUUCAGUAUUCCGGAAAAGGGAGUCAUAUUGGCUCCGGUCUCGGCUCGGCCACAGUCUCUGCGACUCAGAGCGGCGACUACAUUAAGGUUACUUGCGACACAUCAAGCUUGACGCACUAUUUCGUUGUGCACAAUGGUGACCCCAUCAUCCAUAUGGCGACCUAUAUUACUGCAGAGCCUGAUAUUGGUGAGCUGCGGUUUAUUGCUCGACUUAACUCAAACCUCCUGCCGAAUGAAGAGCCAUUUGGGGAUGUAUCUACGACAUCCGGCGGGUCAGCUAUCGAGGGCUCCGAUGUAUUCCUGGUCAACGGCGAGACCCGUAGCAAAUUCUACUCCAGCGAACGGUUUAUCGAUGACCACAGGCACUGCAUUUCGGGAAGCGCACACCGUGUCUGCAUGAUCUUGAACCAAUACGAGUCUUCCUCUGGUGGUCCUUUCUUCCGCGACAUCAACUCCAAUAACGGCGGUGAUUACAAUGCCCUCUAUUGGUACAUGAACUCCGGCCACGUCCAAACCGAAUCAUUCCGUACGGGCCUCCACGGUCCCUACUCGAUGUACUUCAGUCGAAGCGGAACCCCCAGCACCAACAUCGACACAUCCUUCUUCGCCAGCCUUGGUAUUAAGGGUUAUGUUGCUGCCAACGGACGUGGAACUGUCACCGGCAAAGCUUCCGGCGCAGACUCGAGCAUGGACUGGGUGGUUCACUGGUACAACAAUGAUGCCCAGUACUGGACCUACACAGCGUCCGACGGCAGUUUCACCUCUCCUGCCAUGAAACCCGGCACGUACACGAUGAAAUACUAUCAAGGCGAAUUCCCAGUGGCGGAAACCACCGUGACUGUAUCGGCCGGAUCAUCGACCACGAAAAACAUCUCCGGCUCGGUCAAAACAGGCACGACGAUCUUCAAAAUUGGAGAAUGGGAUGGCCAACCAACUGGCUUCCGCAACGCAGAUAAACAACUCCGCAUGCACCCCUCCGACUCCCGGAUGGACUCCUGGUCUUCCACCUACACAGUUGGCUCUUCUUCGCUCUCUGACUUCCCCAUGGCUGUCUUCAAGAGCGUCAAUAACCCCGUGACGAUCAAGUUCACCGCUACUUCUGCACAGACAGGUGCUGCAACUCUCCGCAUCGGCACAACCCUCUCCUUCGCUGGUGGUCGGCCGCAGGCAACGAUCAACAGCUAUACCGGCCCGGCUCCCUCAGCGCCUACUAAUCUCAACUCCCGAGGUGUCACGCGAGGUGCUUACCGUGGGCUUGGGGAGGUGUAUGAUGUUAGCGUGCCCGCUGGAACAAUUGUUACGGGCGAGAAUACGAUCACUAUAAGCGUUAUUUCCGGAAGCUCAGGUGACGCCUUCUUGAGCCCUAACGUGGUUUUUGAUUGCAUUGAACUUUUCCAGUAA